GUCUUGACACAGGCGGAAAAGCAGCUCAGCGGCUCGGCCUGUAGUCGAGGGCGGCGGGCAGUUUGUUACACAUUUCCAUUUGCCGCCUAACAGACUGUCUAACGACCACCAGCACCGCGCGACACGACUUUGCAGCUUUUUCAGAAAUCAUCGUAGGAAAGAUUAUUCCACCAUUGGCUUUGGUUGACGUCUGCUUCUGUCUGCGUCCGCCAUAGUGAAGUGGUUGCAUUACACCACAACUGGUAUCCGCUCGCUUGCGUGUGGUUUCAGCACGUGCAGACGUGCCAGCAUGUCUUCCAUUCAGAAGGAGGAGGAGGAUUCAGGCGACCAGACCAAGGCUGAUGCUAAGGAGGACAUCCCGGCUGGCACCUUACGCUUUCUAGGUCAAGACCCUCGACCUUUCACAUACAUUCUUGAGGGGUGGGCUCUUCCCCCACACUGUCGAGGUUCAAAGAGUUGGGAGGCUCACAUUACCGCACUUCGUAGAUUGCCUCUCCGAAAUGAUGACAUCUUUGUGUUAGCCUAUCCUAAAGCAGGAACUCACUGGCUGUGGGAGGUGAUCUCUAUGCUGAUGCAGGGGAAGGCUGAGUAUGAUGUUCGCCCCAAGGAGCAUUUGAUGGUCGAGAUGACCGAGCUGGACAAACUGACCUCCAUGCCUUCCCCCCGAGUCCUUAACUCACAUUUGCCUUUCUUUAUGCUGCCAUGGCAACAGAUGAAGGAGCGAAGGACGAAGGUAGUGUUCGUGUACCGCAACCCCAAGGACUCGUGCGUGUCCUACUACCACCACCUCGGUGGCAACGAGGACAACGUGGUGCAUGGCAUGGAGUUCAAGGACUUCUGCGAUCUGUUCUUCCAAGAAGAAUGCAACCACGGCAACUACUUCACGCACCUUAAACAAGUUUUCACAUUCACUGUAGAGAACAAAGAUAUGCCUAUGCUGUCAUUGUCUUUCGAAGACAUGAAAAAGAACCCUGUUGAAAAUGUGAAGAAGCUGGCUGUUUUCUUGGAGCUGAAUGUCAGCGACUCUCUGUGUGAAGAGAUCGCCGACGCCUGCAGCUUCAACAACUUGAAGAAGGGGGCAGAACUCAAAGUGCCCGUGCGUCCUCCAGAUAAAGAUGAAGAUGGAGAUAAGAAGAAAAAUUACUCCAAGUUUUAUCGAAAAGGGGAGAUAGGAGACUGGAAGAACUACUUCACGGUGGCCAUGAGCGAAAAAAUGGACGCCAUCAUUAAAGAACGGAUGGAAGGAUUGCCAUAUGUUCUUCAAUAUUCGUGAACUAUGACCUGGUAUAGGUUUCCAUCAAACGCUCGCGAACUUUACUCAUUUCAUAUGAGCGUUUGAUGCAGUUGGUUAACAACGUGUGUCUCGCAUGACAGAACACAUUGGAGUGCAUUGGAUGAAAAUAUAUGGA